UAAAUAGGAUAAGGUGUAAAGCGCAACUCGGCUUAUAAUGGCUAUUUGUAUCUAAAUACACAUGUGUAAUGUAUGCGCUAAGCGAGCAGCCAAUGUCAACCGCAACAUUAAAAUAACUCCUGGCACUGAUACUCCAACGAUCAUUCAUACUUUGCCAUCGUAAAACUUUUCGUUAUUUUCUUUAGUGCCGCUUCUAUUAGUUAAUAGGAUUAAUGCUUUUUCGAAAUCACUAAUGUUUUAUUUCAUUUUUUCCAACCACUUUUCCAACCACUUUUUCAACCCUUCGAAACCAUGUAACUUACUAACAGGCAAGAAUGUGAAAAGCGUUGUGUGGCCCCCACCGAACCCGCCAGAAGAUGAACCACCUAAUGAAUUGAGCGAUUAUCCGAAAACACUUUGCCAAAAUCCCAGAGCUGAACCGGCUCCUAUCAAAGAGGCGCCAAUGGAAAGGAAAAUGAGCAAAGUAGCGUUGCCAGUCAGUACUAUGCAGGAUUCAAGCAUGCAAUCAAUUUCAAAUUCUCAGCAAACUGCAGAGUUUACAUCGAGCUCCUCAUAUGCGGCGGCGCAAAUGUCAACCGCCACUGCAGCUACUACCCGUUCAGAGACCGUUUCAGUUGUGGAAAGCAAGCAGUCACAACAAGUAAUAAGCGAGACUAGCUGCACCGUACAGUCUUUCACAGAACAAGCUGUUUCACAAAGUCAGAUGACAACUAUGUAUCAAUCUCAAACUAGCCCUCCCGUAGAAAAAAUCUUCGACAAUCCCAUGAACAAACUUGAGUCAAAGUCUAUGUCGAGAAAAGAAUCUGCGACAGAAAUAAAAUCAGAAAUGGUGACUGAACAACGUUAUGAACAGUGCAAAAGGGAAUCUCUAACCGAAAGUCAAAUUAAAACUGUCGACGUCCCGAAAACAGAAAUUGUAACUGAAACAAGAAGCCAACAAAGCAAACGAGAAUCUGUCUGUGAAAGUCAAACAAGAACUGUUGAUGCUCCAUCAUACGAACAAAGAAGCCAAGAAUGCAAAAGGGAAUAUGUGACUGAGAGUCAAAUAAAAACUGUAGAUGUUCCAAAAACAGACAUUGCAAUAGAACAAAAUGCUCAAGAAAGUAGAAGGGAAUCUGUAAUCGAAAAUCAAAUAACAACUGUCGAUGCUGCAACUACAGAAAUCAUCACUGCUCAAAUGUCCCACGAAAGCAAAAGAGAAUCUUUAACCGAGUAUAAACUAAAUACUGUCGAAAGUGCGAACAAUACUCGAGAGUCCCAAGUUGACAAAGAACAGUCAGAAGCUAUGGAACAGCCGAUAGCUCCAAUUCAGGACAAUACAAUAAAAGCCGAUAGAAAACAGUCAAUUGAAAAUAUUCCAAUUACCAAUACAAACCCCGAAAAUCCGGCCACUAAGAAUGUGUUACAGUCAAAUCCUACAUCACCAAUAAAGCCUUUACCGCCGACAUCUAUUCCUAAUUCCGUUCCUAAAGGAUUUGUAUGUUCUAUGAUUGAUGCUUUAACUACAGCACCAGAUAGGCCAUACUCUCCUUUACCCGAACCUGCGGCACCCAGUAAUUUACUCAUUCAAAGUAAUUUGCUACCUGACAAUCCAAAUCCUCCAGUUUCUAACGAAACACAGCAGGAGGUACAAGAUCCCUUCAAAGUAGAACUUCCACCACAGCCGUCACCUAUGUUUGCUCAACAACCCAAGCGCGGCAUAACACCUAUCCCACCAAUGAAGUCUUAUAAUCCACCCGAAACCCUAAAACAAGAUGAACCUAUACCAUUGCCCCCACAAACAGAACCCUACAUUCCACCGGACUUCAAAAUAAUCAUAGAGCCUAAAGUACCGCCCCGAGACGAAACCGCUUCUCCGUUUGUUGAAGCAUUAACCACAGCUCCUGACCGGCCUUUUACGCCAGGCGGUAGUAUUGUGCCAAAUAUCGAGCGAAGUUCUCUUAAGGAGGCUUUGACUAUUGCCCCAGAACGUUCUUAUAGUCCAUUACCUUUAGGAAGUAUUACCAAUAAAUCUACCCAAAGUAGUCAAUCCACCCAUUAUACCUCAACAUCGACAGUCCAAGUUCAGUCAACUUCUUCGGAUAUCGUACGUCCUAUUGCAACGCAAUCUAUAACACAGAUGACUCAUUCAGAAACUUCAAAUAUGCAAAACACGUGUAAGUUACAAUCAUCAUCUGAAAUGUCUGCUUUUAGGCCCGUUCCCAAACAAGUUUUCCCACCACCGCAACCAGAAGAGUUUUGCCAGCUUGCAAAUUUCCCACCUAUGAGUCAAGAUAUCAAAGCUAAUUUCGAGAAAUCCGUACGAAAACAAGAAGCUAUGAUAACAGAAUCUCAAAUGAUGCAACAGUCAACAAAUACGUUCAGUAACAUGACUACUCAAGGAUUUUCAUCUGUUAAAUCUGCUCAAAACUUCUUUGAACAAUUAGAUAAAAGGGAAUCCUUGUCAUCAGUAUCUGUUAGAUCAAAAUCUGGUCUACAUAAACCUGACAAUAUUCCUCCAUACCAAAAACACUUUGAGCAACUACCAUCUCAAAGAGGCAUUACGCCGGAAGUUAGCUUCGCUCCUGCUGUACUUCAAAGGCCUGUUACUCCUACCACUGAUCCGCCUAUCAAACCAAAGGACAAACCGGUAGAACCAAAAUUACCUCCGGCUCCCAUGCCCCAACCAAGAUUUACACCAGAUAUAAGAACCCCAGCCCAACCACCUCCCGUGCACUUCCAUAAAGAUGCACCUAUUUCAAUGACAUUUCAACCAGUUACUGACGAGCCUUUCCUCAGGGCGUCCCCUGCUCGAAGCCGACCUUCAACUCCUAGUAUGAUAAACAAACCUGCCCCCAUAAUCCCAUAUUAUCAAAUGAAUUUAGUAUCAGUAGAGCAUACGGCACUGGAAACUCAUCUUUACGAACCGUCGAGCCCGGAGACAACAAGUCGUUCUCCCACUCCAAGAAUGAGAUCUAAAUCUCCAGCUCCGGGACCACCACCAAAUCCGUUGAAGGCUCACGCACCCCGUAUUAAAGAAUCCACUCCACAGAGAAGUGCCGCUCACUCCCUUCUAACUCAAGCUACAUCGAAUCUCCGCAAAGAGCACGAGAUGUCACAGAAAGGAUUCCAAAGCGGUGUCGAAGUUUUUAACGCUUCUGGUGCUAAAAAUUGGAGCCAAGAUCAACCAUCGGUUAUUAAAGAACAAAGACAUUCGAACGUCGGGUUCAAAAGCGAAACUUAUAAUAAAGAUAAUCUGAGCAUCAAGGAAGAUUCUGCAAUCAACCAAAACUAUGGUCAAAGACAAACGCAAUCACAAAAUGUAUCCGAGUAUGGCAAUAUGACUGUGCAAACGAGUAGGAAAACAUUUGAAGAGUAUGAAAGAACACAGUCCGCUAAAGUUAUAGAAAUACAUAAAGGUGGUUCGUCAUCAUUUGGUGCGCAACAGCAAAUUGAAUCUAACGUUCAAACAUCCAGUAAUCGUAAACAAGUGUUUCCACCUCCGGUCAUGAGUUUGUCUUCUUCCCAGACUUCAUCUGUUAACCACACUAAUCAAAAUGUUGUUGCUAGUAGAAACACUGAAAGCUGUUAUCCAAAUCCUUCGAUUUCUGGUGCUAACCAAGGUCCAGUGUGUGAUCCUACCCCAUCGACAGGUUCCAGCGUAGGAGCUGCCGCUCGUGGCAAAGCUUUUGGAGUUUCUUCAGCCCCCAAACGCGGCAGAGGCGUUUUGAACAAGGCUGCUCUGCCAGGGUCUCGUAUACCCCUUUGCGGUUCCUGCAAUGGCAAUAUUAGGGGUCCGUUCAUAACCGCGCUGGGCCGCAUCUGGUGCCCCGACCACUUCAUCUGCGUUAACGCGACGUGCAGGCGCCCGCUACAGGACAUCGGCUUCGUAGAAGAGAAUGGUCAGCUCUACUGCGAGUUCUGCUUCGAACAGUACAUCGCGCCCGCUUGCGACAAGUGCCACGCCAAAAUCAAGGGCGAUUGUCUGAACGCAAUCGGCAAGCACUUCCACCCGGAGUGCUUCAACUGCGUGUACUGCGGCAAAUUGUUCGGCAACAACCCCUUCUUCCUCGAGGAUGGCCUGCCCUACUGCGAAUCAGACUGGAACGAGUUGUUCACGACGAAAUGUUUCGCGUGCGGGUUCCCGGUGGAGGCGGGCGACAGGUGGGUCGAGGCGCUCAACAAUAACUACCACAGUCACUGCUUCAACUGCACGGUCUGCAAAAAGAACCUCGAAGGACAGAGCUUCUUCGCUAAAGGCGGACGACCCUUCUGCAAGACACACGCCCGCUAGAUGUCGCUGCGUCAUGUACAACUCUGAUACUGUUUAUUCAACGACUACCUUCCGCCCUGUUUCCCCCGCCCCCGCCACGCCCUCUCCACGUAUGGAAUCUCCGCAGAGAACGAGAAAGUUGGAAACGCCCCUCCACUUCGAUGGAGGGCUGUUUUCCGACAUCAGAAGUAAGGAUGGCAAGUUACUGAGCAAAGUAACUGUGGAUUGGAUCCAUUCUUCCUCACGCCGCGACGUCACCGACUCGCCUAGUGUUUACCAAAGCGUCACCGAUGCUGGUAAAGACUAUGUAGACGAUAUAGUGAAGACGGAAACUAUCACCAACGAGGAAGUCAUCAAAGUCAAAUUCACUCCGGUUCUAGAGUUAAAUGCUCCUCGUCUGCUAACGCCUUCCCAAUUCGAGCGGCCGCAGGCGCCUGUUUCGUACAUUAAGGACGGAUUCGAAGAUCUGCAGAGCUACAAGAUCGUCAACUCGAUAUGCAAGGAGAAACAAUUCCAGAGUAAUUUGGGCGACGAGAUCAAAGGAUCACCCAGCCCUCUGCCGGGUUUCCUUUCUACCGAAUCGGUAAAGAGUCCGCCGAGUCCUUUAGCAGGAUUUCUUAAUUCGGAAUCAGUCAAAAGAUCACCUAGUCCUGCGCGAUUCUUAACUUCAGAGCCAGUUGAAAUGACACCAAGUCCUUUAGCCGGAUUCCUAAAUUCUGAACCACAUAAAAUACCACCUAGUCCUUUGACGGGAUUUCUAAAUUCUGAGUUAGUAAAAAGAACGCCUAGUCCUCUAGGCUUUUUAGCAUCGGAGCCGAUUGCAAGACCACCGAGUCCGCUAGCAAACUUCCUUGUAUCAGAGCAGUUGACAAAGAUAGAUCAUUACUUACAAGAGAGUUUGGAGGCGUGCGGGGGUAAAGACGCAGGCGGGAAGAUAAUGCAACAUGAAGAUACGUUGAGGGACUUCAGGGAAGUCCAACAAACGCAAAUUAGACAAGAAAGCCAAGUAGAUUCUCGUGUUUAUUCUGCGAGUGAUUACCGAAAAGAAAACGUGACGAACGUUCAAUCAUACGCGACUGAAACUCCAAAGGAGAGAAAGAAAUCUAAAGUAAACAGUGUCAAAGUUAACGAACCGGGCGUCUUGCGCGCCAUCUACAACAUGCCCGUGCAUUAUCAUGCGAUCAUUCUAUGUUUCUUCUUAAUUGUAUAUAAUCUUAUUUAUCAAUACGUUAAGGAAAAUUGUCAUGGUAAAAAAUAAACUCAAAAUUACCAAUAUUUAGUCAAAUAUAAAUGCAUAUUAAACUAGUCAUCGAGUUACUCAUAUACUUUGAAAGUUUCGGAUGUUGGUACCCGACACUUCUAUACGCAUAUCGUAAUUAGUUAGAUGUUGAAUCAAAAAAAAUCCCUUUUAUAUACUUAACUCACAGAUGUACAUAAUUAAAGUUAACCGACUUACAACCGUUGUGUAUGAGUAAUUUAUAAAUUAACAAUUGGUGCUUAUUAAAUUGCUCGCAUUGAAGUGAUAUAUAUUUGUUUACUCAUGUUAAGGAAGAAUAUUAAGUGCCAUAAACUUUUUUAUUUAUUUAUGGCACUGGGUAACUUUCUUAAAGUUGAGCUUUGUAUACAGCUUCCGGAAUGUUGCCAGUUCACUAACACUAACAAUGCACAGUCACAAGUGUCACAACGUACGCGUUGCAACACCGUGGAAUGGUAUAGCGAAGAAAAGCUGUUUUUAUACCCUGGCAAGCCAGAUUUGUCAGUAGAAAAAGGCGCGAUAUUCAAAAUAUUCCAGAGCCACUACCGCGAAAAACGAACCUUUUUCUGUCUCUAUUGCUCGAAUAUGGAAGAGCGAUAGAGAGGCAGAUAACGUUUUUUGAGUUUUCUAUGUUGGCGGUAGGCCCUCAGAUACUAAAAUGACAGUUUCAUUGGCCAAUUCGCUACCCAAUCUUGCUUUUGAAUCAAUUAAGUACUAAAGUGACAGAUCGGUUGGACAAAUUGGGGAAAUUCAUUUUAUUAUCUGGAUUACAAAAACAAUAAUAUCCAUGGUUCUGCAACAAUGUGACCAGCUAAGUAGUUACUUUAUAAUGUUUGGUUAGUUAUGAAUGACGAGAAAAAAAAAACGAAAAUGAUAAUUCUGACCCUGACCAUUACUUUUACAAUUGGUGCACCAAGUGGAAGAAAAUACAACAUUUAUAGAUUUAAUUUUAGCCAUAUAACUAUGAUAAUGAGGUAUUAAUAUUAAUUAUGUGUAUUUUUAUGAAUAUAGCCCAUUAUAAUACAAUUAAAUCUACCAUUUUUUAUAGUUGAUGUUAGUUUUAAGAACUUAUUUUAAGCCACAGUUAUGACUACAUAUGAACGUAAUGUAAGAAGAAUUCAAAAUUUGCCGUUUUUACUUUUGUUAAUAGUAAUAUUAAUCAGAUAUAUUUAUUUUAGGCAAUAUUACAAUUAUCAUUAGAUUGAUAAGCAAUUAUGAGCUUAAAUAAAAUAUUUUCUUGUAA